AUGGGAGUCCAGACAAGGAGUGCCUGGGCGGUCAUGGCGUUCUCGGAUUGGGUCAGUGGAUUGGGAUUUCUCGUAAUCUUCUUGAUGGAAAGUUUAGCAGUGGAUGCUAGCAACAUGGAGCCAGUCUUCUGGAAUUCUUUAAACAGGAGGUUUGGAGAUGAGAGAGGGUAUAUUCUGUACCCUCAAAUAGGAGACCGUUUGGAUCUGGUGUGUCCUGCCACAAGUCCCCUGGGACCAAACUCCCCUCAAGAGUACGAGUAUUAUAAACUGUACUUGGUGUCUUCACGUGAGCAGGCUGAUAAGUGUGAGGUGAUGGGUGCUCCAAACCUUUUGCUCACCUGCGACAAACCCAACAGCGAUAUGAGGUUUACCAUCAAGUUUCAGGAGUAUUCACCCAACCUGUGGGGUUAUGAGUUCAAGAACUUACAAGACUACUACAUAAUAGCAACCUCUGAUGGUACAAAAGAGGGGAUUGACAGCAUGAGAGGAGGUGUCUGUGUGACACGAGGGAUGAAGCUGGUCCUCAAAGUGGGACGGACUGCAUAUGGCCUUCCCCCUAAGCCCAAACCUGAUUCUGGCCAGCCUAACACCAGAACCCCAGAUCUGGACAAAGAUGACGGCUCUAAAGGGGGUGACAGUGGGGCCGUGUCCAUCUCAAACAUCGCCCUUAUCGCCAGCGGGGCUGGUGGAGCCGCCUUCCUUCUCCUGAUCGCGGUAGUGAUCGGCGUGGUGUGUUACCGCAGACGGAAAUCCAAGCACUCUGAGACCCAUCAUCCUGCCCUUUCCCUCUCUUCUCUUACCCCAAAGAGAGGCAGCUCUUGUGGUGCAGGGACUGGGUCUGGCAGAGGCAACAAUAAUGGCUCAGAGCCCAGUGACAUCAUCAUCCCCCUGCGGUCCUCGGAUACAGCAUACUGCCCACACUAUGAGAAAGUUAGUGGCGAUUACGGACACCAAGUCUAUAUUGUGCAGGAAAUGCCUCCCCAGAGCCCUGCCAAUAUUUAUUAUAAAGUAUGAGACAUCAAAUCUUCCGAACGCACACAGAUAAUCCGUUCUGACUUUACUUUCAAGUCCCUCACACACAUUUGCUGUGUGAUAGUGUGUGUCCAAGUGACUCUAUAUUUCGAGCUUUGAUCUUAUAACACACGCUGUUAAUAGAAACUGGACUUGAAGUUAAGCUUGUCGACUGUUUCACUAUCUUACCGGCUGGAAGCGGGAGAAAUCUAGGGUUUAUAUUAUUGCAAUGUAUUUGCGUUUGUUUACACGUGUGUAUUUGUGGGUGUGCAAAGGUUACACAUACAUGCUCAGGUGCAAGCAGGGUCCAAAAUUAACACUCGCCAAGCACCAAAUGAGUAAAAAAAAAGUUUCUCUCCAGUGGCCGCCAAAUAACUUAACUUUAUAAGGAGCUGCUAUAAAACAUAGUUUAAUUCGAAUUUUAAGAAUGAUGGUCUGACCUUUACAGAUGAGAGCAAUGUGAGCAAUUGACAGUAAACAUCUGUCUCAACUAUCCAAUCUUCUAACAACUUUUACCUCAGGGGAAGUUUAAGGAAGUCUAUUCAAUUAGUUUAGUCUAUUAGUUUCUCUGAGAAAUGGAGACUAGCUCGAUUAUGUCACUAGGACACAACGAUGUGCGCAUUUGUCAUUAAUGUUAGAUAUAAACUGCUAAAUAAUCCCAUUUUCACUUUUCGUUUUCAACAUUAAGAUAAAAUAAGGUUUAAUGGCAUAUAAGAAGCAUUUGUGGCUGGGAAGCUUUCUCAAGUCACCAUUGGCAGGUGUUGCCAAAAAUUAAUUUCGGACCCUGGGUGCAAGUGAAUGUAUGUACUAAUGAGUUGAUAUGACUGUGCUAAUGUAUGAAAUCAGGUAGGUAAUGUGCUUUUCCUCAAAAUCCAAACACUAGAAAGCAAGACGAUUCAUACCUUUAGAAAAUAUGCUGUAUAAAUAAUAUAAAUGCUUCAUACACUUUCUGUAAUUUGUUUUCUGAUUUCUUCUGAAUGUGAAUGUUUGUCUUUUUUGAGAGUUUCUGA